AUGUGUCAACAAGCCCAAGACUUGGUAGCCCAGGUAUUUGCAGGCCUUGAUGAUGAUGAUGAUGAUGAUAAUGUUGUUGCUGUCCAGGGUGGUCGUGACGUGGACGAAAAGACGUCGGCACGCCUUGACGUCGGCUCCCUCGCCUCUCUCAACGAAAAGGGAGCAGCUGAGCAGCUCGACACCGAGCCCGGCGUCGGGUUGGUCGAGCUGCGGCUGUCCGCGGAGCUGGAACAGUGGAAACAGUCUCAACAUGCGGCCGGCAACGUUCUGCCCCCAAAAGGCGCCGGACUCACUCGAGCGUCGGACAGGGUUUUGCAGCUGUUCGGGGCCGCGGGAUGGCCCGAGGCCAUGACGACCAACAACGCCUUGUUUGGCUGCGGCAUGGCCAACUUGCUGAUUGGCGCGGUUGACGUGCAAACCCUGUUCUCCAACUACGUGACAGACAUGGCCUUUUACUACGAGCACGGCUAUGAUGGCGUCUUCCCUUCGCUCGACUUGCUCCUCGACAAAGGGCUGCAAGACGGACACGCGCGGAAAGCCCCGGGGGGCCGCGAGCGGCGAGACGGCGUCUGCAUCGGCAAGCGCUACAUACAGGGCAAGAUCAGGCUCGAGGCCAAGCACAAGGGGCGGCUGGCCAACCGCUCAGCCCGGCUGAGCAGGCGUUUGGCGCAGGUCGUGGCCCUGUCGGAAAGCAGCCUGCUGGGCAUGGCGGCCGAGGUCGCGGCGCGUGGCUUCGACCCAGGCGCCAUCAUGAGCGACCUGGUCUUCAGCUCGCCCGGGACCGAUGUCGUCGACGUGGGCUGCGACCUGGUCAACUCCGAGGUCAUGAACUCGCUGCUCAGCACGGCCGACAUCACGGCCACGGGCGUCGUGAGCGAGGAGGCCCUCCGCAGAGUGUACGACGCCUUCGCCGCCACGGGGGCCAGGAUGCUGACCCAGCGAUGGCACGAGCCAGUUGCCAGGAUGUGCUCCGCGCUGUACACCUGGCACAUCCAAAACGACCGGCACAUGUUCUGGCGCCGCGCCGUCCUGGGGUGGCCCAAGGCCCGCAAAGCGCCGGCCAGGCCGCAGCGCGAGGCGGACUUUGACGAGGCGUUUGACGAGCAGUUCCGCACGACGGGCUUCAGCAGGCCCCUGGGCGCCAGGUACGCGUGCAACGGCGAGGAGCCGUGCGACCACGUCGCCCGGUUCUUGCGCGCCUCCCCUCGCGCCCACAGGAAGCUGCUUGGCGACUUUUGGUGGCACCUCGUCACCGGGCCGCUGGACUAUGUCGGGGGCGGCAGGGUGGACGAGCGGCGCGAGCAAGAGCUUGCCGAGGGCUCGCGGGUGCGCAUGGCUGAGCUGUACUCGCGCGGUCUGGUGCACCAAACGGUCUGGCUCGUUGCCCACGCGAACCACCAUGCCUGGCAGGUCAACUACCUCUUCGAGGCGGCCAUGUUUGGCAGCAUUCUCGACGGCGGCAAGCUUGCCGGGAAGCUUGAUCGGCAGCAAGGCUGA